UUCACGUAUUUAUUUCUUUAUUUCCACAUUUAUUUAUUUAUACAUUUCUUUGUCCGUAGGGUAAUGAGGAGGGCGUGUUUUACGUCAGGAAAAGCAAUCGAGCCAGAUACAGUAUGCUGCAGUGAAAAUCUAACCAAACGCAGAUUGAAUUCGUUAGAGACUUAACCUUGCAGUUUAAUCGCUGGUAGCUUGGUGUUAGGACAGCUUCCCAGGCGGCUGUUCUGGCUGACGAGUGGGAACUCAUACACAAGUCUUGCACAGAAAGGUUCAGAAUUGAAUGCCCUUCUCCUUCACGCGUGAACUCAAAACCAAGUAAAGUGUCCCAUUAGGAGUCCGCCAAAUAUGUUCGACUACACUUGUAAUUACUUCUUGGAGAAAGGGCAUUGGAAAUCGAGCUGUCCAGUGCUUAGAUCAAAGAGUGCAAGGGCACAAUUUCCUAAACCCGCUUUCUGUGAAGCCCGCGGCCCUGGCUGCUCCCAUGCCUGUGUCCGCCCAGUUUCGGAAAUUGCAAGAAGUUCUUGCAAAAACAGCGGUAAAAACCCACUAGACCCAAAAAACGCAUUAACUCUUUUUUAGUGGCAGGAACGGGAUACUCGUCUAUUGCCUUGACCUUCGCUCGCACCGGACACACUUGUCCUAGUCCCGCCACUUUACCCAGGUGUGUAAUGGUCGCCCCCGCAAAUUUGCAUUUAGACAGAUUGACAGUGAGAUUAGUCUGGGCGAGGCGAACGAGAAGGAGGUGUAAACAUUUGAGAUGCUCUUGCCAAGUUUUACUUACUGUGAUUGUAUCAUCCAGGUAAACAGUAACGCCCACUAGUCCAGCGACUAUUUUAUUCAUUAAUCUUUGAAACGUAGCGGGCGAGUUUCGAAGGCCGAAGCUCAUUACCCGGUUUGUGGUCCAACCAUACCUAAGAACUGUGAUGUAACCACUUACAACGGCAUGUGCUUUAAAAUCAGUUCAGAAAAUGUUGUAAGCAAAUCUAUGCCAAGGACUCUGAGAGAAUGUCCAACAUCCCAGAUUGAUAUUGCUUUUUUAAUGGAUGGAUCUGGAAGUGUAAAUAAUGUGGAUUUUAAUAAGAUGAAGGCUUUUGUUAUAGAAAUGAUCAAAAGUUUUGUAGACCAUGAUACACAGUUUGCCAUUGCACAGUUUUCUACAGAUUGUGAAAUUCAUCACAAGUUUCAACAAGUCAAAAACGCCAAGGUGUGGGAAGAUGCAGUAACUCGGAUAAGUCAACUGAAAGGAUGGACUAAAACCGCAACAGCUAUAAAAAAACUUGUGAAGGAGCUAUUCAAUAGUAAAGGAGGUGCAAGACCAUCAGCCAGCAAAAUUCUGGUUGUUAUCACAGAUGGUAAAUCAACUGAUAGUUUCUUGACUGAAGCUGUUCAACAAGCACAAGACAAAAAUAUAACACGAUAUGCUAUUGGGGUUGGCAAUGCUUUUGAUAAUGACAAAGCAACAAUGGAGCUGGCGAUUAUUGCAUCUUUACCUACCAAUAAGCAUGUGUUCAAAGUAACUGACUUUGAUGCGCUGGAAAGUAUUCGUGAGCAACUCAAAGAGAACAUUAUUGCCAUUGAAGGAACCCAGACCACUGGUGAUUCAUCUCGGAUGGAGUUUGCACAGGACGGGUUUAGUGCAGCAUUAUCAUCAAAUACAGAUAUAAUAAUGACUGCAGUGGGAGCUUUCCAGUGGAAGGGUGGAUAUCAGCUGUACACACAAAAUGAUCAGUUAAAUGUCUUUCAAGCUGGAAGUGAGCAUGACAGUUAUUUAGGUUAUUCUUUGGCAAUUACGACAAUGUUCGGAACAAAGUAUGCAGUCAUGGGAGCACCAAGACACAAGCAUAAGGGACAAGUGAUUGUUUCAAGAAUGGCUAAUAAUCGAAGCAAUUUAAAGCAACUGGAUUCACCUAAGCCUCAGAUUGGCUCAUAUUUUGGAGCUGAGGUUUGUGUGGUGGAUUUGGACCGUGACUCCAGAACAGACCUCCUGUUGGUAUCGGCACCAAUGUACAUGGAGCCUGACCGGGAGGGAAAAGUGUUUGUUUACACCUUCAGUCAUUGGUCGUACAUCAUUUUUUCGGGUAUGGUGCUGGUGGGAAUGGAAGGUCAGAGGGGUCGGUUCGGCUCUUCUUUGGCCAGUCCAGCAGAUCUGAAUGGUGAUGGUUACAAGGAUGUGCUUAUUGGAGCUCCUUUAGAGGAGGACGGACAGGGCAGCAUCUACAUUUUCAAUGGAGGAGCAGAUCAAAUAAAUCCCACAUAUUCACAGAGGAUUGCUGGGUCAUCUGUGCGACCAGGUUUGCGGUUCUUUGGGAUUUCGCUGAGUCAGUUCUCUCUAGACCAGAGCAGAGACAGCCUUCCUGAUAUUGCAGUUGGGACCAUGGGAGCAGUUCUGCUUCUCAGGUCCAGACCCAUCAUGCAUUUGGAAACCAAAGUAACUUACAACCCAUCCAAAAUACCAACCGGUGAAACAGAGCAGUCACUGAAAAACACCAUGAGAGUAUGCUUCACCAUGAGUCCGUACAGACACAGCAUAAGAGGCUUAACAGCAAAUAUUAAUUACACCAUAAUUCUGGAUGCCAAGCGACAGAAAUAUCGAGCAUAUUUCUCGCCCAAAAACCGCUUCUACAAUUACAUGAUGAACAUUAGGUUUAAUGAAGAAACUUGCAAAAGUCAUCCUUUCCUUAUAGACGCUUUUUCAGAAGAUGCUCUGAACCCUUUGUCCAAUCAAUUAACAUUCACUUUUGAGGGUCUGCCAUCUGCCACAUUGCAAAACAUAAGGCCAAUACUGCUGCCGGGGAUAAAGACCACCACAGACCACAAUCUGGACUUUGAGAUAAAUUGUGGACGUGAUGACAUUUGUGUGGAUGACCUCAGGAUGGAUUUCAAUUUCUCUGGAUCUACAAAUAUAGAGGUCGGCAUCAUGCAGGAGAUCAAUGUGACAGUGUUUGUAGAAAACAGAGGAGAAAACUCAUACAACACACUCUUCACCCUCAGCUACCCCUUUGGACUUUCUUACAGGAGAAUCAUAUCUAAACAGGGCAGAGUGGAGUGUUUAUCUCUUGACAGUGAGCAAAAAGAUUCAUUUGGAGAGACCACCUGCCACAUCAGCAAACCCAUCCUUAAAGGAAACUCUCAGGCUGUGUUUCAUAUUACAUACAGCAUCAGUAAAGAAAGCACCUUCGAUCAAAAGGUCCCAUUUACUGCUAGAAUCAACAGUGGAAAUGACCAACACUCUCAAACCAGUGAAUUACUCAGAGAGAAAAGCAUUGGUAUCAAAUAUGCCAUCAGUAUUGCCUUAAUAAGACAUGAAGAUUCAACCCUCCACAUUAAUUUUACUGCACAGAAAUUUGAUACUGAUAAACCAGUCAAACAGAUACUAAAGGUUGAAAAUGACUUUAGAGAACUAAGUUUCAAAGUUUUCAUCAAAGUACCAGUGAUGUUGGGAGAUAAAUCUAUCUGGACUGAUAAAAACAUACAGAUUCCUGGCUGUGUGAAACAGAGGGAUGAGCGGCCUGUCAUAACUGAUUUUGUCGAAGUAAUUAAAAAGGACCGUGUGGUGAACUGCUCUGUGGCGGCCUGUGCCGAGUUCAGCUGUAAUGUCACUCUAAUGAAGAAUGAAAGGAAAUUUUAUAAUAUGACUGGCAAUGUGAGCUCUGGAUGGAUUGAGCAGACUGGACUCAGAGCUGCUGUUUUUCAGCUGGUCAGUUCAGUAUCUCUGGAUUAUGACAAGAGCAAAUAUGUUUUCUUUUCCUCUGAUUCUCAACAAACUGCAUCAUCCGUUCUGAUUGAUACUCAAGUGGAGGUGUAUGAGGAGGUGAAUCUGACUAAAGAGAUCGCUGGAGGUGUAAUAGGAGGACUGCUACUACUGGCUCUCAUCACAGUGGCCCUCUAUAAAGCUGGUUUCUUCAAAAGCCAGUACAAGCAGCUGCUAGAGAAUGCAGAACAAAAUCUAGCCACAGAAUAGGAUAACAAAAGUAACCAACCCCUUUAUAUCAACCGCAAUAGUGGUGUAUUAAAAAUUAAAAUGUGGCUUUACAUGCAAGUGAAACUACUUUCCAGGACUAACUUUAUUAAUGAGGUUUAUUAUAUGCAUAGAAAUAUUAGUGAUAUAUUGCUUGUAUGAUAAUCAUAAGCUCUCCGUGAACAAACUCUCUAAUAUCUUUAUUAAAUAAAAGGGCCUGCUGCACGUUUAAAAGUACUGAUGCUUUAAACGGAGGAGAAACAAUCUCAUCAUGCUUGUCAUGUGACACACAGCAGCCAUGAUAGCACUGGUGUAAGCUUAUGUUUUAUUUAAUUUGAUAGAUUCCCAAACGUGUUAACUAUAUCCUGAAAUAUGUCGAUUUUCAAAUAAGUUAAAAUAAGUAAGUAAAUGUAUUUUGCACCUUUGUAGAUCGUAUUAGUUGAUCUAUAACUAUGCAUUAGACCCGUCUUUUUACUUACUUUAAGUACCAGAUAUGGGAGUCAUGCCAUAAAAUAUUUUUAAUACAACCGACUUUGUAUUCAACGUGAAUGUAAUAAAAACAUUGUGGCCCGGUUUCACAGAAAGGGCUUAGCUUAAGCCAGGACUAGGCCUUAGUUAAAUUAAGAUUUAAGAUAUUUAAACAGCUUUUAUAAAAAUGCCUUGGAAGAAAACGUUGGAACAAUGGAAGAUAUUUUCAGUUGAGACCGCUCAAACAGGGACUAGCCUUAAGCCAUGUCUGUGAAACUGGGGAUGUAAGUUACUAAUUAUAACACUUUCAUUGUACAGAAAGAGAGCAAAGAACAUUUACAUUAUCAAUGAACAUUUUCACUGUCAGUCUAGCCAGAGUUAAAACACUCUCAAAGUCCCACAUUAUAAUCACUUAAGCUGUUUACAUUGUGAAAUGAAUAUAUUACUUACAUCGUAACUUUGUUGUUUUUGGUGAGAGAAUUCACCAGAGAGCAGAAUUCAGUCAGCGAGCGCAAGCAUUGAACAAAACACUGCCGUUUCAGUGAUGACUGAUCUGAAUGUCUCUGAUUGGCCAUUGCAUUCAUAAGCUCAACAUAAUUGUGUGUGAUUGGUUAUAAUGUGCAGAGUUGUAAAAAUGCAUCUGUCUGUGUCUUUGACUCAGCUAAAGCCAAAGUGCAAACACAGAUUUGAAUUUAGCAGCUGGCGAUGUGCCACACUGAACAUUCUAAUCACACUGGUGUCAUCAUAUCAAAUCUAAAAAAAAUAUUAUUUGGCGAAUUGUUUGUAUUUUGAAAGCUGCAAUUAAAAUCUACUUGGCUCAAAAAUCUGAGGGGGCACGUAACACCUCUGACUACAACAGGGAAUUUUUACAUUUGUUCAAUUUUACAUUGUGUAAUUUCAGUGCACUUGGCAAACAAAACAGCAAAAAUAAUGAGUAGUUUAUGACCAAUGAGUUUGUGCUUCACUGGUUUGGAUGGAGAAAGAAAAAAAAAUCAUGUAUAAAGGCUCCAGUUCCAUUAUUGUGGAAUAAUAUGCAUGCUUAUUUUUGCCACAGAAUAAAACAAAGUCUAUUAUAAGCGUUAC